UUGCUCUAUAAAACCCAAACAAAAUCCCCUCUUUAGGAUACCUCAUCAUCUUUCUUUGUGCCUAAGCAAAAACUGAAAAGUUGAUCCACCCAAUUCCUCCAUUAAUUCAGAUAUGAGUUACUACAAUCAGCAACAGGCCCCUGUUGGUGUACCUCCACCACAAGGAUAUCCACCUGAAGGUUACUCAAAAGAUGCAUACCCACCACCAGGGUACCCACAACAGGGUUACCCUCAACAAGGUUAUCCACCUCAAGGGUACCCUCCCCAGUAUGCACCUCAGUAUGGUGCUCCACCUCCUCAACAACAUCAUCAAUCAUCUAGUAGCACUGGAUUAAUGCAAGGAUGUUUGGCUGCUCUGUGCUGUUGCUGUCUCUUGGAUGCAUGCUUUUGAGGCUGUAAAUGAUCUGUGCAAGUGUUGAUGGCAAAAGUUGAUUGAACCAAUUAUAUCAUAGUUUAGACUUUUUCUUUCUGUGUUUUUUCCUUGAUGUCCUGUCCUUUCCUUGAUAAAUAAUUUGUUCUUGAUGUGAUGAAGAUUUCAAUGCUUCCAAAGUAGUGUUUAUUUGCCAAAUUAUAGGUUAUGUACAAUGUGAAAGAUUCUAUUUUUUUUUUUGUUGUGGACCUCAAUAUGUCAAUCAAUGCACCUUGAUUUGGUAA